AUGUAUAUAUGUUACUAUAGUCAGCCGCUCCUUCUGAGCGGGACCGCUGGUUCUAAAGGUCUUCUGUUCGUGCUUGCUGUCUUUUCUCCAUCUCGACUCCAAAUCUGCGACACCACGACUCUUGGCGGUUGGACUGUUUUCCUUCUGCCAUUUGAAUGUGCUAGAAAUCCCGCAGAUGCCUCUAAACGCCGCAACCGAAAAGGCGUCUCUGUUGAUCGUACUACUCAUCGUAAGCAAAAGGGGUUUAAGUUUGGGAAUCUCUUUAAAAAGUCUUCAACAUCUCCCCCACCACCGACACCACAGUUGUCGAAGUGUGUCGCUUUGCCCACCUCAGCCAUCUUAGCAACCGACGAUGCUCUCGCCGUCUCACAUCGGCGAGCGGUCAGCGAUCUAGUCAUAAUCGCCUCCGGCAGUCCACCUAUCUCGCCUUUUACGCGACCACCCCCGCAGACCCCUGACAGCGGCAUCAAUCAACCCUCUGCCGCCUCCCUCUUCGACUCUUCCUCCUCAUCUACUUUCGCCAGCUCCAAGAUGUACUCGGGAAGCGUGGACUCGGCGGCUGGCACCACCUCUUUCACUUCCAACCGUUUCUCCUGGCCCAAGUCUAGUUCCUCUUCCUCUUCGGAGGCGAGCUCCCUCUCCACCGCUCUCUCUAACAACCUCCGCCUCACCGCGAGUGGCAGCACCGCCGCCUCUGGCAACAGUCUUUUUACUUCUCCGCCGAAAAGCUCCGCCUGUACUAACGCAUCUGUGAGUGGAAAUGAGCUUCCUACCACCAGCACGCCGCAGCGCUUACCGCGGUUUGUGGCGGGUACAACAAUCGCGGAGGAAGAUGAAGAGGCGGAGGAGGCGACAGGUGAAGGGAUUGAGGUGCCGAUUGCAGUGACGGCACAGCCACUGCCUCCCGACUCCACCACCUUCACCCCAAUUGGCGAGGUUGAUACGGGUUUUGCGGCUACUGUGGCGCAGGUCUCCCGUCGCACCGGAACUUCUGCACAGGAGCUAUAUGCCCGCAUGAAGGAGGUGCGCCGGCGUCCCGAGGAUGUGCGCAACAGGCUGAGGGGUCAGGCAGACGCCGUAGUGAGCUCGAGUACUAACAACAAUGGCAACAGUGUGAGCUACGGUAGCACUGGUACGUCGAAGCGCCUGUCUUUACCUGCGAGUCUUCACCUGCCACCUCACCUACGGCAAAAGGCAAUUCAACUCCUCGAAGAGCCCAUGAGUAGAAGGGAACGUCGCUUAUCUCUGUCAGAAAUCGGGUUCGGAAAAUUGCAAUCCUACGCGAAGUUGGAUCUCCUUGGACAGGGCACUUACGCGACAGUAUACAAGGGCAGGAGCCUACUGACGGAGAAUCUGGUGGCGCUCAAGGAAAUCCGACUGGAACACGAGGAGGGCGCGCCCUGCACCGCCAUUCGAGAGGUCAGUCUGCUGAGGGACCUACGUCACGCCAACAUUGUUACUCUCCAUGAUAUUAUCCACACUGAGAAGUCCCUCACCCUCGUCUUUGAGUACCUGCAACGAGACCUGAAGCAGUACCUACACGAGUGCCACAACUUGAUGCACCCAGAGAAUGUGCGCAUCUUCCUUUACCAACUCCUCCGUGGUCUGGCCUUCUGUCACGCGCGCCGUAUCCUGCAUCGCGACCUGAAACCGCAAAACCUCCUCAUUAAUGACCGUGGCGACCUCAAGCUGGCCGACUUCGGACUGGCUCGAGCCAAAUCCAUCCCUAUCAAGACCUACUCCAAUGAGGUCGUUACCCUCUGCGGUAAAUCCGCUCUCACAGGUGAACCUUGGCUCCUUUUCCGGAUCAGCGGUGUGGAUCGCGAUCACUUGCAUUAUGCAUGCGCACGCAUUUGGGUGCGUGCGUGGCUGCGAGCACCGCAGCACCCAAAUCGAUCGAAUCGGCGGUACCGACCUCCAGACGUGUUGCUGGGCUCUACGGAGUACUCUACGCAUAUCGAUAUGUGGGGUGUGGGGUGCAUCUUUUUUGAGAUGGCCACCGGGUGGCCCCUCUUCCCCGGCUCCACGGUCGAGGAGGAGCUAACUCUCAUCUUCAAGCGCCUUGGGACACCGACAGAGGACUCCUGGCCCGGAGUGACCACCCACCCGCAUUUCAGCAAGGCUCUGACCUAUGGCCCCUAUCCACCGGUCGGUCGCUUUCCCCUCUCACCCCAAUUCUCACCAUCAGGCCAAGCCCUCCUCAGCAAACUCCUUGUCUACCCUGGUCCCCGACGCAUCUCCGCCGCCGAAGCCCUCAAGCACGCUUACUUUUCACGUCCCCUCACCGCCACCACCUCCUCCGUAGGUGACGUUAUCAGGGGCCUUCCAUUGGAGACGCUCGCUAAUCUCCCCGACUGUGCCAGCAUCUUCGAGGUGCCCGGCAUACGACUCCACAGGGACCCCGGUAUCGCUCCGCAGGUUCCUUCUUCCAAUCAUCAUUCACACUAUCAUCACCGGACUAACGGAUCCGCCAGUUACCGCAACUCAAUGCCCGUUGUCUACAAUGAGUUCAAUAAUCAGCUGAGACAGAGUCAGGUGCAUCAACAGCAGCCCUGCCUGCACCGUCAAGCCGGGCCUCCACCUCCUCUACCUCCGCACCAAUCAGGAGGAGGCGUGCCGGUUGCAUUUGUCACUGGUGGCACAUCAGCCUAUCAGCGUCCCAUAUCAGUGGCUUCGACCAAUGCAGUGCGGCCACCUGUCAUAGCGCCUCGAUGUUACUUGCCCAACCAGAAUGGCAUGGGCGGGAGUACCAUAAUGGGCUACGCUCCAGGGGUGUUUCUCAACUGUGAUUCGAAGCAGUCAUCCUCCACGACCUCGAGUGAACACCACGCCCCCUCCUCUAACCUCUUUGGCCAGUAUCUUAGCCAUCAGCAAUUUCACAAUGGCACCGGUGGUGGCGGUAUUGGAGCGGCCCCUCUCCCCUACAAUACACGAGUCAUCGGGGGUUUUUACGGCGAUCGUCGCAAGAGCAUGCUUUCGUAG